AUGACAGUUACAUACGAUACCCCGUCUCGGGCAAACCACACAUCAAUGGCGACCCUCGAGGACCGCUUCCAGGUCAUGAAGGAAGUUGGUGAUGGUAGUUUUGGUAGCGUGGCCGUGGCCCGUGUACGGACUGCGGGAUCCCAUAUCGCGCGCAGAGGAACCAUGGUUGCAAUCAAGACGAUGAAAAAGACCUUCGAUUCAUUACAGCCAUGUCUAGAACUUCGUGAAGUUAUCUUCCUUCGCACACUCCCCGUCCACCCUCACCUCGUCCCCGCUCUCGAUAUCUUCCUCGACCCUCUGUCCCGCAAACUGCAUAUUGCCAUGGAGUACAUGGAUGGCAACCUAUACCAGCUCAUGAAGGCUCGUGACCACAAGUACUUUGAAGGCAAGCAUGUCAAGAGCAUUCUUUACCAGAUCUUGUCUGGGUUAGAGCAUAUUCAUGCCCACCACUUCUUCCACCGCGACAUCAAACCCGAGAAUAUCCUCGUGUCUACCUCUGCUUCCAACGACUCUCCCUUUAGCCGCUACUCAACCCUCGUUACUCCUCCAUCCUCCCCUCCUACUUAUACUGUGAAGAUUGCCGACUUUGGUCUCGCCCGUGAGACUCACUCGAAACAGCCUUAUACUACUUACGUCUCGACCCGUUGGUACCGGGCACCCGAAGUACUCCUGCGGGCCGGAGAAUACUCAGCCCCUGUUGAUAUGUGGGCGGUUGGUGCCAUGGCUGUUGAGAUCGCGACCUUAAAGCCACUGUUCCCUGGAGGAAACGAGGUGGAUCAAGUAUGGCGCGUUUGUGAGAUUAUGGGAAGCCCUGGCAACUGGUACAGUAAGUCGGGCGCGAAGAUUGGCGGUGGUGAAUGGCGCGACGGUUCGCGCUUGGCUCAGAAGCUGGGUUUCCAGUUCCCCAAAAUGGCACCCCACUCGAUGGACAGCGUCCUGAACCCAUCUAUUUGGCCCGCUGCCCUGAGUGAAUUUGUCACCUGGUGUUUGAUGUGGGACCCCAAGAACCGACCAACCUGCAGCCAAGCCAUGAACCAUGAGUACUUUGUCGAUGCGGUCGAUCCCAUGCGACCCAAGUCCUCAACGUCCUCGCGACUGCUUGGUCGUAAACAAUCCGAGAAAAGCUUCAAGUCUCCCACACUCACCCCGAACGAUUCCCCUACUCUCUCUACCAAGCCUUCCUGGUUCCGCCGAUCACUUAUUGGACGCUCUGACAGCCCAGUUCCUGGCGCUGAAGCCGAGAGCCCGGCCAGACCUGCCCCUGUCACCUACAACACGAACCCCGAGGUACCACCAGUCAACAAGGCACGCCCCGCCAACACUAAGCGCGCGACGUGGGCAAAUGGUGCCCCUAUGCCCAUUCUUCCCUCCAUCCGCCCCGUGUCUCCUCUUUCAAACUCUGUCACCGCUCAAGCCAAUACAACUGUGGCACACAGCGAGGCUGCGAAGUUUGCUGAGACUGAGGCUGCUAAGAACAAGAAGAUUGGCCGCCAAUUGUCUGUUAACUCGAACGGCAAUCACUACUCUGAUGCCCACCGCCAGGAGGCUGAGCGGAUGCUGAACGGUUCUGGAAACACUACGCCGACUACCAAGGAAAGCUUCUUCUCGCACCUACGUAAACGUGCUCGUCGACUUUCAGGUCGCAACCAGAACGCCGCGCCCGAGGAUAUCGAAGCCAACGCUGGUUGCAUUCCCUGGUCAAAUCGCUCCUCCAUGGCUCUUGAUGGGUCCAACCCCGCAGACCCAAAGGCGAACUCCGAUCUGACUGAUCUGGACAAGGCCUUGCAGAGUGUCAAAUACUCCCUGGACACGUCCACACUAAGCAAUGUUCCAGUACAUCUCUCUGGAGCUGAUGGAAAUGUGACCAAGCGGCAAUCAAUGCCCACCAGCAACCCGGCCCCAAUCUCCAGCAGGACACGACGUGCCAUGCAGAUGACAAGCCACCCAGUUCACCGCUAUGAGACACCCGAGGAAGAGGAUGAGCUUUUAGACGAGGUGCUCCACUCUGCCAGCAAGGCGGCGCGACGCCUCGCGCAGACCCAAUCAAUGUCUGCUGGGGUACACCGCCAGACGGAUAACUCGCGUGCCUUACCGAGCCCGUAUCCCACUCCUUCUCCCACGGCCAAGGCCGAUGGCUACUUUGAGACUCCUGUGAAACACCACACCAACAAGGCGGACCCUAACUCCAACCGCCAGUGGCCAACACCCCCCCUAUGA